AUGAGCAAAGCUCACUUUCCUGCUAUCCCCAUCCCGAAAGAUUCCGACCGGAACAAUGCCAUAUCCUAUCUCACAACAAAGAAUCAACAACAGAACGUCAUUUUUGAAGAGGCCAUUCACUUGCUUGAUUCCAUGAAGUCAUCACCAUCGUGUUACCGGGUCGCAGCCACAAGACUCGUCGCCUCAUGCCAGGCAAUUGACGGAAAGGGAGCCCAUGACUCCGCAGAGUAUGCAACUUUGGAUCGAAUACGAUCUGUUUAUGCUGCAAGACUAGCAAUCUGCGAGCUGGAUGGGGCCGGCGCUUCCGUUCCAGCUGCUUGUCUGCCCUUGACUGCCACUCCGACACAAGCCAGACCUCGCUUUCUUUUCUCCAGCAAGCCCAAAUCACUCCAAGAGUCUCCCGUGGAUAACUACUCGAAGGAGACCUUGGGGGCUUGCUUGAAGACCCUCGAAUCACGGCCUCAGUGGUGGACUUCUUAUAGCAACAACCGGCAAAACGCAGUGGUCAUUUGCCAGGCGGCACGUAUGGAGACUGAGAAAGAUGAACUACUGAAUCUACAUCGCUCCAUUGUCAAUAGCAGUGCAAAACUCAGCAAUGGCCUAGAUAUUGCAUUGGAGAAGGCGGCCAUGAACUCUGUCAAGGAUGAAGAAUUUGCCGAAGCUGUUCGUGAAUUGCAGAAGAGGAUACUCGUGGACUUGGAGACGACGGAUCUUAAAUUCCAAGAUAACUUCAACAAGCUACUGCAUGACAUGGAGUCCGGCAUCGGUACCGUGGUCGAGAGAUUUUCUUCAACGCUGCAUAAUAUACAAAAUGAGACAGCAAGUCUUGAAAAGAAUCUUGUAGGCGUUUCUGGUCAGGUAGAUGCUCUACAGCAAAGUCUCAAGACUGCAGAAGAAAAAGAACUUUCCGCGCUGCGAGUGCAUGAGGAGACUGCACUCGCGUCUCAGCAGAUCGCCUCGGACUUUCACCUUUCGUUGGAGUCUUUUAUGGGCUCAGAGUUUCAAGCCAUUUCUCAGAGAAUGGCUAGCUUGGACGCGUCACUCGAAUGGUUGAGUAGUCGACUGAUCCAAGUUCUCGAGCAAGAGCACAAGCUGGCUCAUAAACUCGAAACUAUGGAAAGAUCGGUUGAAGUCUCGAGCAUCAAGGCCAAUGAGCUACAAGUUGCUCAACAUGAGCAAGCCAAGAUUCUUGUCGCUCAAUCUCAAGUUCACAAAGAAAUCCAGUUCGCCGCUCAAGUUUCUACAGCAUUAAUUGAAAGAGCCGCAGCCACAGCAGCCAACCUUCAAUCCAGAAUCGAAGACGCAGCAAACAAAGCCAAGGGCAUUCCAGAAAUCACAUUCGGGACUCCCUCUAUAUUCACUUUAAUUUUUAUUCUCAUCCUUGCUAUCAGUGCGCAGAAUCGCAUGGUUGCCAUUGGCAUGAUAUUUAUGAUCUUCGGCCACAAAGUCGCGCUUUCACUCCUUCAGCGCUUCUAA